AUGAAAAGAACUUCAUUGUUUGAGGAUGACAAAACAAAUCUAGAUAAGAUUUAACACUCAUUUAAAAUAAUGUUUUUCGAAAUAGUACAUAACUUAAUUUUAGGAGAUAAUUUCCCAUUCUUUAUUUAUGUAUUUUUUAUACUUAUUGAAAGUUUAUAAGUAUUCCAUUUCUUUUUCACUGAUGAAGUAUGUUUAAUAAUUUAUAUUAUUUAGUUUUCUUCGCUUUGGAAAGUGCAAUCAUGGACAUCUGCUCUAAACUCUUUUUUUAGUUAUUUUAUGAUUUAACCUUAUUUGAAAAAUUUGAGCUUCUAAACAUAUAUUUUAGUGAAUUACAUUGUUAUGGGACUAAUUAUGCUCCUAUUAAUAUUAGUAUUAUUCAUAGCAUUAAAGUCAGCAAGUUUAGGUAGGAUGACAGGGACUUUAAUGAUUUUGAAAAUAUUUUUUGAAGUAUUAAACUAUGUAUUAUUCAUGCCUAUUUUGUAACUAUUUUUAACGAUAUUUAAUUGUGAUAACUCAACUCAUAUUCAUAAGAUAUAUGCAGAUUAAUAAUGUUAUAAUGGAAAUUAUUUAUUACAUGUUUUAUUAUGUUGUAUUGCAUCAAUAAUAUUGAUAGGAGUAAGCAUGUUAGUUACAUUGAUGUUUUUUGAAUCUAGAUUUUAGAUAAAUAAUCCUUAAUGCAAAGUAACAGGAAGGGAAGAUUUAAUUUUUUUAAUUUUUAAAGUUGUGAUGGUUUUAUGUUUUACAAUAUUAGAUGUUGGAAAUUAACGAUUAUUAAUUAUAAUAAUCUUAACCUUAUUUUCCAUAAAGUUAUUUCAUUCCUUUAAUAAAUCAAGCAUUUAUUUGAACAUCUACUUUGCAAAAUUGCUGAAUGGUUAACAUAUGAUAAUUCUUUGGACUAUGAUGAUGGUUGUGUUAGGAUUGAUUUUAGAGAAAACAGAUUAUGAUGGAGCACCUUAAUUAUGGGUAAUAUGUACACCAUUAUUAUUAAUAAUAAUUUUGGUACGUAAGGAAUAUAGAUAUGAAGUAAUGAUGGUAGAUUCAAAUAAAUUUGAUUCUUUAGAUUAAUCUUUAUAAUUACUAUAAUACUUAACUAAAUUGGUUGGAUAUUAUGAUAAAGAUGAGAGUAUAGCAUCAUUAUUAGAUGGAUUCGUUGAAUAUCAUAAAGUAACAUGUAAAAGAGAUGAUUGUCCUUGUUCUCCUAAAAAUAUGAAUGAAAAAAGAAUUGAGAAAUUUAAAAAAGGUGUAAAAGAUUUAUCAAUGAAGUCUUAAUAUGUCAUAUUAAUUUAUAUUGUAGAGAAGAUUUAUGUUCUUAGUUUGACUCGUUAUCCUAAUUGUAUUGAGUUGAGAAUUUCACAUGCAUUGUUUCUUUAUGAAAAAAUGCAAUCAACUAUUUAAGCCUUAUAAGAACUGACUUUGGCAGAAUAGGAAAAACCUUAUUUAGAUUAAUAAUUCUUAAUUUUCAGACUUCGAAAGAUUAUUGAAGAACAAAUGUUUGAUUCUGGGAAUCUGACAAAUGUAAAUGAAUUCACUGCUGAAAAUAAUUUGAGAGAGAUUAAAAUGUUAAUAGAAAAAUCUACUUAAUUACAUUUAGAUUUUUGGAUAAAAUUAAGAGAAGAUACACCAGAUCUUGGGAAAUUGUAUGAAGUUGGUUUAAGAAUGUUAUAUGUAGAUAAAGUAUUGGAUGAUUAAUGGAAGAGAAUUAUGAAAAUCAAUUUUGAUAUGCCACCAACUUUAUUAAUGAUGUAUUCUCGAUAUUUGAUCGAUGUACUCAAUGAUAGAGAAGAAGCAGAAGAUGUUGUUGAAAGAUUAAAAAAUUUAUAAACUUUUGAUAUGGAUAGAGGAAAGAUUAUAAAUAAUCUAAAAGAUUUUGUAAAUGAAUCUACAGCUUUAAUAAGCAUUUCAGCAGAGGAUGGCAAUUUUAGUAGAAUUUUAGGUUUAAAUUAAUCUUGUGCAAAAACAUUUGGAUAUACUAAAUCAGAGUUAUUGGAUAGAAAAAUUAAUGUUUUAAUGCCAAAUAUUUAUGCUUAAUAUCACGAUUAAUUUUUGGAAGGUUAUACAUAAAAUUAAGAGAGUCGAGUAUUAAAUCGAGAAAGAUUAUUAAUAGGGAAGCAUAAGUCUGGAUACAUAUUCCCAUUUUUUAUUUAUGUUAGAUAUAUUCCAUCAUUAAUUAAUGGUUCUCAAUUCUUUGGAGCUAUAAAAUAGGAAAGAUAUUUUAAGAAUCAAGCUUACAUGAUAGUCAAUAGCUUUGAUAUGUGUAUAGAAAACAUUAGUGCUUAAUUUAUAAGUCUAUUUCAUAUUGAUCUCAAUUAUAUUUCAAAAAAGAAAACUUAGGUUUCUGAUUUAAUACCAUAAUUUGAAGAAUUCAAAUAAGAACUUAUGAGCAAAUAAGGUUAUGAAACUACUGUAUAAUAUAAAAGUAGAGACUAAUUCAUAUAAUAAUAGUUUUUAGUUUAUGUUAGUGAGAUUAAUAUAUGUGUGAAUAGAUUUAUGAAUAAUUAGAAUAAGGAAGGAAAUUUAGUAUAAACUAAUCUUACAUUGAAUGUUCCUCAGUCUUAGCAUCAUAAAAAUGAAAGAUAAGCUUAAUUAUAUGGUUACAUAAUUAAAUUAGAAUAAAUCAGAGGUGAAAAAUCUAUAUUAUAAACACCUUCUGAACAUGGUCCAGCUUCAGCAAGAAAAUAAUUAAAUACAACAUAAAAGUUUCUAUUUUAAUUUGAUUCAAAAGAAAUAUUAGGAAUGAAAGAAAAGAUAGAAUAAAUGAAAAAAUAAUAUAAAAAAGAUAACAAUACUAAACUUCCAGAUUAAUUUGUUUAUAAAUUUAUUGGAGAAUAUAUUUCUGAUUAAAAUUUUUAGAUGUCAGCUAUUUCAAUUUCAAAAUAAGAUGAAACUUAUGAAUAUUCAUAAAAAAAUGAUGAUGAUAAAACUCCAUCAUCUAAAAUUGAAGAUAAAAAUAAUGAUUUAGCAUUAGGAAUUAGAACAAUGAUAUUGAUAGGAGGAUAAUUAUUUGAUUCAGAUGAAUAUAAAAAUAUGGAUAUAGAAGAAGAAGAAGAUGGAUAAUCUAAAAUAGUAGGUUAAAUGCCAUCAAAAUAAGAAGAUGAUUAAGAAUAAGAUAAUGGUAAUGCAAAUGUUUAUAAAUCAAAGAAAACAUUUGUUUAAUUUUUGAAAGAGAGUAAAAGUGCUAAUUAAUCAAGUUUAGCAUGUUUUAGGUGGAAUGCUGCACUUCUUAUCAUUUUCUUAGGAGUUUUAGGUCUCUUAAAUUAUAUAUUAACCUAAUAAUUAUUUUCUGGAGUUUAUGAUGGUUAUAAGAAUCUUAUUAAUAGUAAUUUAAGAAUUGCUUUAAGUUAAAGGAUAUUGUGGUAAACAGUUGAAUUAUAUUUAUUGAAUCAAGUAGAUCCAUUUUUAGAUUAAAAAACUAAAAUUACAGAAUAAAGACAUAAUUUAAAUGCAAGUAUUUAAAAUUUAUAAGAAUUAUAAUUCAUUUUAUAAUCAGCAGUAGUUGAGGGAGAUUAAAUAGAUUUGAUAAGAACUAAUUCUGUAAAAAUGACUGGAAGAGAUUAAAGUGGAACAUUAUCUACAUAAUUAGUGGAUUUAAAUUAAGGGACUGCUUAAAUUUUAUCAAAGGCAUUAGAAUUACUUUAAACAUAUAAUCCUGAGUCUUAAUUUUUUGUUAGUUAUAAUUUACUGAAUAAUUAUUUUGAAGCUGUAGUAUAGAGUGCAAAUAUCUAUGGAUUUUAAUUAAAGGAGAAACUAAAUGAAUCAUCAAUAAUUAUGACUUUAUUUAUUGUUGCUUGUGCCUUUGCUGUUGUUUCAGUACCAUUAAUAGCAUGUAUGUUUAGUUUAGUUAGUCAGAAUUAAGAAAUUAUUAUGAAGCUAUUUUUAUAAAUUCAAAUUAAUAAGGUUAAGAGAUUAGUUAAUAUUUGUGAAGGUUUUUUUAAUUCACUUUAGGUAGGAGAAGAAGAUGAUGAAUUACAUAGAGAUAAUGAAGGAUUUAUGGAUGAAGAUGAAGUAUAAGAUGAGGAUGAAGAAUAUUUAGAAAGACAUAAAAAAAGAAAGAAAUAUAAAUACGAUUUAUAAAAUAAACGUAAUUUUUAUCUUAAAUUUGCUAUUUCCAUGUUUAUGUUAUUAGGAUAUUUCCUAACUCAUUUUUUAGUUGGAGAUUAUUUAUAAAAUGCUUUCCGUUCAUUAGUAGAUGAAAUAGAAGCUACAAGUUAAUUAGUUCCUAAUAUUACAUUUUCUAAUAAUGUUAUUAGAUAAAUGAUAAUAGAUCCUACUUUUGAAGUUAAAAGUAGCUCAUCUUAUCUUAUUUCUUCCACUUUUGUCAAAGAUUUAUAUGAUCUCAAUACUAAAAUCUAAAAAGAACAUUCAUCAAAUAUUUAAUAUCAUAAUCCUAUUUACAAUACACAUUUUGAUUCUUUAAUGAAAUCAGGGGGAUGUUCAUACUUAUUUUCUAUUAUUGAUAUUGAUAUCAAUACAUGUUAAUCAUUCAUUGAAGGCAUCAUUGAUCAAUCAUUAUCAUUAGCUCUCUCAAGAUAUUUUGAAGAUAUAAGAUCACAAUUACAAGAAUAUAAUAACAUCAUCAAAGAUCCUUCAUAUACAAUUACUGGAACUCUUUAUAAUUUCACAACCAAUUCGUCUUAUAAUAAAGCAUUAUCUCUCCUAUAUACAAAUACAUAAAUGAAUGAAAUUAGUAAGUAUUUUUGAUUAAUUUUAGAUAUUUUAUAAGAUCUUUAUUUAAGACAAAUAUUUUAAUAUACUACUGAUUUAUUUUUAUAAUGUGUCCAACAAGAUGUUGAUACUAAUACAACUACAUCAGUAGCUAUAUUUAUAGUGUUUUUGGUCGUUUUAGUCUUGAUCUAUCUUUUCUUUUGGUGGCCAACUGCAACUAAAAUAAAUAAUGAAGUAAAUUAUUAUUUUUCAUCUUAUUAGAUUAAAAAAACAACUCUAUUAUUAGCCAAUAUUCCUUUAAGUUUGAUUAAGAGAAGUAAAGCAAUUAAAGAGUAUUUAAAUAGAAUGCAUGAAAUUGAAUGA